CUGCAGUGGUCUCUGCUGGAGGACUCUCAUGGCUCUUUCAUUUGGAUCCUCCUGGCUAUGCAUGCUGUUAUGGGGCUCCAUUUGUUUUGCUGCAGAAACCGGUUACAACACCGCAUAUGGAUACUACCUUUACAAAAGUCCACAAACUUCUACUCAGUUAACUCCUGGAAAAUACUUGAACCCAAACCAUGAGGAUGAAACAAAUGUUUUAAGGGAACAAAACUUUGUUUCACUGCAAACAGAGCCCACUUCUUUUGGAAACAGGCAGUAUCUCAAUCCUAGUUUCAGAGAAAAGAUGGUGCAUAAUGACAUUUUUGUGAAUUUUCUUAAAAAUAGGCAUCUUCAGAAAAACUACAAGCAGCCAAAGAAGACACUGGUUUCCUCUGGAUUGUUUCAUGAUGGUUCUUUCACCAGUCAAAAACCUGAAUCUCUUGUUCUUUCAAACAGACCGUCUCAAAACUUUGUCUACUUUUCACGGAAGGCACCCAUACUUGUACCUUUACCUGCUAAGACGUAUGUCAAACAGCCAAAAUAUGUGUAUCGCAGAAACAAUUUCCAAGCAGCUAAUAAAACACCAGUAUUUGGAUGCGACGACAAUAAUAGCCUCUGUAGAGUGACAAAAGCUGCCUCUUUACAAAAAUCACCAUCUUUGAAUUACUUUGUACCAAGAAAUCAUAUAUACGUCCCAAAUUAUGAAGCCAAACACAGGAAGAAAAUGGCAAAAUCAUUUCUUGCAUACCUGUCGAGCAUUGACAAAAAAUCUAACGACGAUUAUACUCCUACUGUCCAAAGGUCUGCAUUUGUUAAAUCUGUUUCAAACUUAAACAAUCUUUUGCCACAAAAGGAAAAGCAUAAGUAUUUUCGAUCAGAUGUUCCAUAUAAACCUCAAAGGGAGCUGGAUGAAUCCAAGCUGGUGUUUAAUGUGAAACCUUCUCCACGUGGCUCCAGCAGACAUUCCACCUCUUCAAGAUACCAAAAGUUUGAUGUUGAUCCUUUCACAAAGACUACUCAUUCAGAAAGCACUGGAAAAUCACACCUCUACAACCAAAAUCUACCUUCUGCCCUUCAAAUUGUGAAUUCAAAAUAUAGCCGCCAAGACGCACCCGUGAAAGAAAACCCAUCUCAGGGGGCUAGAAAAAGACUGAACUCCGUUUCAGCUCAAGACAGAUUCCUGCUUCUAAAUGGUGGAUUUAAGGAUGCAAUAAAAGCUGGCCUCCUAAAGUCUUUCAAGCAGCCAGACGGCUUUCACACGUUUUCAGCCAACGUGAAAAAGGGUCCCACAAAUGUUGCAUCUUGGUCUUCAGAAUUGUCUGAACCCAGAGGUUCCGAUUUAAACUGUGUAAUUUGGAAGAACACACCCAAUUCUCCAUUCAAAAGGUCCCAAAAGUCAUCACGACCCACUAAAAAAAGAUACAUCAAGUCUAAAAACCACACAGAAGGAGCUACAGCUUUUCUGUCAAAGAACUGUUAUUUUCCAACUUGGCGAGUUCAAGAUAAGGCUGCUAAUCACUAACACAAACUUGCUACAAGAUGGAGAGCAUAAACCGCCACAUGAUGCAAAAUUCUUUAACAAAAGUAGGAUCUGUUUCCAGCUACAAAUGAAGUCUUUGAUCAAGUGUUUGACACUCCCCAGUAAUCAAAUAGUUUUUACUCAUCUUGCU